AUGAACUUGAUAAAUAAAGGUUUCACAUGUAAUAUUUUAUAUCAAAAAUGGUUACUUAGAAAAUGUAAAUGCAGGGGAAUUGCUAGUUAUAAAAAUAUAGAAGAAUCGUUAAAUAAUAUUAAAGAAAAAAAAAAUCAUGUCAAUAUUUUAAGCUUAGUCAUAAGUAAUAAUAAUCUUUGUUACUGCUUAUUAAAAAAUCAAAUUAUCAAAAAAAUAGGAUUAAUCAAUAUUAAAAAAGAUAUAUAUUCAUAUGAAGAAAAUGAUUUUAUGAAAAAUAAAGGAGAUUACACAUUCCACACACAACAACGAAUUGAAGAUAAACAAAAGAAACAAAAUAUAAAAGUGGCAAUGACCAAUAAAUUAGAGACACAUAAAACAAAUUUAAGAUAUAAUUGUGAAAAGGAAGAAAAUCCUUUAAGUUUUAAUAUCAAGGAAAUAUUAACAAUGUUAAAUUUUAUCAAACUGUAUUCAAAUGAUACAGCAAAUAGGACAAAUGAACAAGAUAAAAAUAAUAUACAAUUUGAUGAUAAAAAUUAUAUACAAUGUGAUGAUAAAAAUAAUAUACAAUGUGAUGAUAAAAAUAAUAAAUUACAGUGUGAUGAUAAAUAUCAUAAUUUACAAUGUGGUGAUAAAUAUCAUAAUUUUUUUCAUAUUUCAAAAUGUAGUAUAAAAAAUGAAAAUUAUUUGCCUGAACAAAUCAGGCAAAAUAUGAACAAGAUAGAAAAAAAAACAUAUGAUGAAAAAACUGAUAAAAACGAAGAAUGGAUAAUAGGAAUUGAAAAAGUAAAUGACAAAUAUGAAAAGAAUAAAUUAAAAGAGAAAAUAUUAUCAAUAAUUGUAUAUUUUUUACAAUCGAUAUUUAAUUGUAAGAUAUUAUUUUUUUGUCCUAAAGAAGCUCGUAAUCAUUUUAGUAAGAAAUGUAAUUAUGAAUUAAAUAGUAGAGAAGAGACAUAUAAAUAUAUAAAGAAUAAAAUAAAAAAUUUCCCUUGUAUUCAAAAUUAUGAUAAUAAUAUAAAUUGUUUAUUUAGUGACUCGUAUGUUAUAUCAUUUUAUACUUAUAGAUAUUAUAUGUAUGAACAUGUAAAAAACAACAGAACAAUUUUUAAAUAUUUAGAAAAGCAGGUAAGAAAAAAUAAAAAUUUUCAUUACAUUUUACAGACCUUACAAAAAACAAAAAAUAAAAAAAACAAGGGUGAACUAACAGAUUUGUUGAAGGAUAAAAUUAAUAAAAUUAUUGAUAUAGAAACAUAUAAGUUGGUUGAUAAAUUUUUGUUUUAA